AUGGAAAACAAGGGACAGUCCGAGGUUCAGGAGACCUCCGAGGGUUCUCCCCCCUUUUCCAUCCUCACAGUAACCUUACGAGCCAGCAGCCUUCUGGUCCUUUCUGCUGCCCUGUUCCACGUCGUCUGCCUUGACUCCACACGUUCUCUCAACGCCACCAUCGUCCAGACCUACAACCUCGCCUGCUACAUGAGAAGCAACACCACCGUCCUUCUGAACACCUAUCUCAGUCAUCAAGGUGUUCCAUUUAGCAACCCAGGCUUCAGUGCCCAGAAGCUGCACUAUGAGGGGGUGCCUACGGUUGCCAUCCCUUUCCUAGAAUGGCGGAUCCUCAGCGAUGGCAAGCGCCUGGGCAAGAACUAUGAGGCCUAUUCUGCCUUGUCGGAGUUUCUGCAGCUGGUCUUGGACGACCAGUUGGAGCUCAAUCCUAAUGAAACGGAGCUCCUGGACAUGCUGAGGCGGACGCAGCAACUCAUCCAAGGCCUGCUCAACAAUUUGACGGCCAUCAUGACUGCCAUGGGAGUUCCAAGCACCGCUCCAGCUGACCCACUCAUGUUGGACAAGACUGAAGCCAACUCCUUUGAGAAGAAGGUUCGAGGGUAUGUGGUGUGCCAGAUCUACAAAGAGUGGGUUGACCGUACAGUGCGAGACUUCUCUCUUCUCAUGAAAAAAUACCCAGUUUAA